UUUAAUACAAGUGCAAUUUUGCUAAAGUAUAUAAUAGAAAUUACAUUUUUUUAACGGUCAUACAACAAUCAACUUCCUGUUUCUUCUCGGCUGAAUAAAUGACCAGUAAUUACACAUCGCAAUAUCAGGUAGAUAUAAUGAGAAUGAUGAUUAUAACAAAAGUGAGUUAAAAACGCAAUCGAAAUGAAGUGUUUUGUGCUAAACACGCUUUUUGCAUGCUUUCUAAAAAAUAUUAUUAUUGCGAGUGCAGCUGAAAUCACUGUAAUAGGAAUUUCAAAUCGAAAUAGAAAUCGAUAUCCCGAAAAAGAAACUGAAAGACCCGGAGACGUAGUUAAUAUUAACAUAAACAAUUAUUGCCCAGAAACUUCGGUAGUACUUGUGAAAGAAUGUUACUGCGUCCCUCCCACUCUGUGCAGAGACAGGGUAGAUGAACAAAUUCAAGCAAAAAGUAAAUCUGCAAAUUUGGUAUCGAUAAAAUGCAAUCAACAGGAAGUGUGCUGCUUCAACGUUAGUUUUACGAGAGUGAACGAAAUAUCACCACCAACCCCCACAGCUACUCCAAAAUUAACGACAACCACGUCAGCACCUGAAUAUGUUACAGAAAUAGUCACAACAAUUAUCAAUGUGACAAGGACUCCAACAACAACAACAACUGCUACUGUACCAUCUUCCAGUACAACAGCUGCCGGCACUAUUCCUUCCACUUCCACCACCACCACUUCUACUGAGAGUACUACACCACCUGAAGAAGAUGAUAGCGUAACAAUACCAACAGAAGAACAUGUUUUAGGCGAACCGACUAAAGAAGCAGCCACAACGAGUCAGUUUGACGUUGAAAUAAUAGAAGAGCAAUCGCUGUCUAAAACAUUGUGCGGCACGAGAAACUUGUACGACCGGAAAAUUUCCAGAAUUAUGACUCCCGUUACUACCCCUGCAUCCGUUGGAGAAUUUCCAUGGGCCGUUAGCAUUCUAGAAAAAGAUCAAUUGAAGUACGAGUGCAUGGGAAGUUUGGUCAGAUCCGGAGUGGUACUUACAACAGGGAAUUGCAUACAAAGAGAACCCACAAAUUACGUUGUUAGAGCAGGAACAAUAAAUCCUCUUAGAAAGGAAGCACAAAUUCAGCCGUGGCAACAGAACGAUGUGCAGUAUGUAACUUAUAAUCCCCAAUUCCUCCCUGGAAAUGGACAGGAGAAUGGAGUAGCACUACUAUUUUUAAAAGGCGAUUUCGUAAUAAACAAUUUCGUCAACAUAAUUUGCCUUCCCUCAAACUUUAAUUUUUCUGCUGCAAUUUGUAUGUCUUCGGCCACACAUUUGAGUACAGGUAAGUUUAAUGGAUAUUUCGACAACAAACCGAGCGGCACGACCUAGACCAGGGGUGGC